AUGAGACCCUCUCUUCUCUUCACAUCCUUCUUUCUGGGGGCGCAGGCGACCAUCUACUACGCCGGCGUGUCAGAGUCUGGCGGGGAAUUUGGUGUAUAUGGUACUCCAGGCACAGGACUUCCUGGCACGUUUGGCGUAGACUAUGAAUUCAUUAAUGCCUCUGCCGUUGAUGUGUACGUGGACCAGAACAAGAUCAACUUGUUUCGCGUCGCUUUCCUCCUGGAACGGAUGUGUCCGUUGGCAUAUGGCCUCGGAGCCAAAUUCAAUGAGACGCACUUCGACUAUUACAAGCAAGCCAUCGAUCAUAUCACAAAGACCAAGGGCGCAUACGCGAUAUUGGACCCGCACAACUACAUGCGCUACAACGACCCGUCGUCGCAACCCUACUCGGGCAGCGUGAUCGGCAACACCACCGACCCAGCCGCCGCGACGACAGAACAGUUUGCAGCCUUCUGGGGCGAGCUGGCCAGGCGCUUCGCCAACAACACGCACGUCAUCUUCGGCCUCAUGAACGAGCCACACGACAUGCCAACCUCGCUCGUCCUGCAAAACGACCAGGCCGCGGUCACAGCCAUCAGAGAGGCGGGAGCCACGAACCUCAUCCUCGCCCCGGGCAACGGCUUCACAGGCGGGCACGUGUGGACAUCCAACUCGGGCUCCACGGGAACCGACCUGCCGUCGUCCGAGUACAUGUACCAGAUCAACGACACGGCCAACAACUGGGCCGUCGAUGUCCACGAGUACCUGGACUACGACUUCAGCGGCAGCCAUAUCGAGUGCACGGAGCCGUUCAACACGACACUCGCCCCGCUGACGGCGUGGCUGAAGCAGUACGGCAUCAAGGCCCUCGUGAGCGAGUUUGGCGGCUCCAACACCACCGGCUGCGUUGAGAUGCUCAAGGACGCCCUGGCGUACAUGGCUGACAACGAAGAGUAUAUCGGCUGGGCGGCGUGGGCUGCUGGGCCCCUCUGGGGACCCUAUGCGCCCUGCUGUAGCAACUCGACCGAGAUUGGCAGCCUUGAGCCAGGCAGUCUGGCGGUCGACGGCAGCCCGGGUCUAUAUGAGACCGUCUGGGAGCCGGUUCUUGAGCCUUUGUUGCCCACGACUCUGCAAACUAGCGGGGCGGCCAAUGUCAACGGCUCCGCUGUGAAGACGAGGCGCGUUGCUUGA